AGGAGUGAUAAAUCAGCAUGCCGAAGAAUAAGGGAAAAGGAGGUAAAAAUAGAAGAAGAGGAAAGAACGAGAAUGAUUUUAUGAAACGCGAAUUGGACACAAAAGACGUUGGACAAGAGUAUGGGCAGGUUUCGAAGAUGUUAGGGAACGGAAGAGUGCUGGCAUUUUGUUUCGAUGGAAAACAAAGGGUGUGUCACAUUCGCGGAAAAUUGCGAAAGAAGGUUUGGAUCAAUACCGGAGAUAUCAUCCUUGUUGGGCUCAGGGAUUACCAAGAUGACAAAGGUGACGUUAUCCUGAAGUACACACCAGAUGAAGCUAGACGAUUGAAGGAAAAGAAUGAGUUGCCUGAACACGCCAAAAUCAAUGAGAAUGACGAACAAGAGGAAGGAGAGAUUGAAUUCCGAGACCUUGGUGCUGAGUCUGGAGAUGAAGAAGGCGUGGAGGAAGGCAACAAUUUGCCCUCCAGCGGAAGUGAUGAAGACGAAGAAGAGGAAAGUGAAGAAGAUGAGGAAUCAAGUGAAAGUGAUGAGGGAGCUGACAAUUUCAUAAAUGAAGAGGAUCUGGCACGUGGGCGAGGUUUGAAAGCUUCCGGACGUGGUGGAAGAAACAAGUAUAAUAAAAGGAGAUAA